AUGAGUACUCUUAACAACGUUGCCUCCGUCGCGAACGAGAAGCAGGGCAGCUUUAAGCCCUCCAUCGCCCCCGAUGGCCCUUUGACUGACAAGGGUCAUAAGCCCGGUGUCAAGGUCAACGAGGCUGACCACCGUCCUGAACAUCACCUUCAAACCUUCCCCCCGACGAACAACCCCAACAUGCCCUCCAACCAGCGCACCUCCGCUGCCGACACCUUGAUGGGCGCAACCUCGCAAGACGUGCACACAGGCCUUGGCAAGCCUUUACAGGGUCAGACUGGUGUUGAGCUGGCCCACGAUGGCGAGCAUGGUCGCAAGAAGCAGUCUGCCGGCUUAGAGGGUGUCGGUGCCACCACUCAAAAUCGUGGUAUCGAGCGUCAAUUCCCCAACCAGCGCGGCAUUGAAAAAGAAGACGCUCAGAAUGGUACUCGUGGCAAUAAGGGCGAUCGUGCCGCGGAAGAUAUGCUCCCCGAGGGUGCUGAAACUCUUGAUGCGGAGUGGAAGUAUGAGCCUUCCACCAAGCGCAAUAAAUAA